AUGGUCACAUAUGGUCAAUUUCAGUCACCUACAACAGCAACUGAAUCGCGGUCUCGCCUUCAAAAAUAUGAUGUUAUAUGCCAGAGCUUGUCGGUUUCUGUGAGCUCCCUGAUUGUGCUUAUGAGAUUUUAUACGAAGCUUUUCAUAAUACGCUCUCCUGGGUGGGAGGAUUACACAUGUCUAGCAGCGUGGCUUGGUCUUAUAGGCUACGCCGUGAUCUCUCUUGAAGCAGAUGCCCAUGGCAGUGGUACUCAUCAGGAGUAUGUAGCAAAAGACGACCUCCGGAGAUAUAAACAGCUGGCGAAUAUAUCGCAGAUAGUAUACGGUCCUCUUAUUUUCCUCGCAAAAUUGUCAAUACUUUUGCUGUAUCUGAAAAUAUUUGCUCCAAUCCGACGGAGCAAAACUUACAUCGCUAUACAUGCUCUUGCAUACCUCAACUUGCUCUACUACACUGCCUACACAAUAAUUGUUAUUGCCGCUUGCAUCCCAAGAACGAAGAUCUGGGACCCUACUACUCCCGGCCAUUGUCUGGAUAUCAAUGCAGUUAUCCUGAGCAACACCAUUAUCAACUCAAUCUCCGACGUAUCCCUCCUCCUUCUGCCCAUCGCGUCUAUCUGGCGCUUACAGCUGAACACGUGGAAAAAGCUAGGCAUCUCAGGCCUGUUUGUAACAGGGUUAUUCGCUUGCUUUGCCAGUAUCAUGCGCUUGGUAAUAGGAGUCCAGAAGAGGAAUACUAAAGACAUGACUUAUGACUGGUUUCCCGAAUUUCUUUGGACAUCCGCAGAAAUUAGUAGUGCCAUUAUUGCUGGUAGCCUUCCAGCAGUGCCUGCAUUCUUCCGCUAUUUUUCUAGGAAACUCUCUAAGGCCAUCAAGAGAAAUAGCCGCCACAACCAGUCAAAUACUUCAGGUUCAGAAGCAGGAAUGAAGCCUUCUAGCCUUGCUGGUGGUCCUGUCGUUCAUGGUAACCUGAUGACAGGUCCAGCUGAUCCCAUACCUGCGAACUCUGGAAGUUAUCAGUAUUCACAGCGAACAACGGGACUCAGUGACAUAAGUAAUGAGGGGCGUGUUCCUGGGCUUGUUAGUGAAGAUAGCGGCGUCCCUGAGCCUUCGACGGCUUACUCCAUUAUUCUUAGAGACAUGGAGACAGACUUGCGACAGUGA